GCUGGGCUGGGAGGCAGGGGAGGGUGGAGGGAAGCCUGCAGAUGAGACUCAUCCUCCAGGAUCCUGACCAGCGAGAGGGAACUCCUCCCGCGCUCAGGGAAGGGCUCUGUCCACUCAAAGACACCUUUAGCCCUUUCUCACUCUCUGAGGCUCCAGCUGGAAACUCACGGUGCUUGCUGAGUUGGUGACAUAGUUCCUGAGCUGGUACCCCUGGGGUCCCCUGCUCGUCUUCUCUCCACUCCCCAGCAUGGCUGAAGGUGGCGAUUUCGACAACUACUAUGGGGCUGACAACCAGUCUGAGUGUGAGUACACGGACUGGAAGUCCUCUGGGGACCUCAUCCCUGCCAUCUAUAUGCUGGUCUUCCUCCUUGGCACCACAGGCAAUGGCUUGGUCCUCUGGACUGUGUUUCGGACCAGCCGGGAGAAGAGGCGUUCUGCUGACAUCUUCAUUGCCAGCCUGGCAGUGGCUGAUCUGACCUUUGUUGUGACUCUGCCGCUGUGGGCCACCUACACCCGCCAGGAGUACGACUGGCCCUUUGGCACUUUUGCUUGCAAGGUCAGCAGCUACCUCAUCUUUGUCAACAUGUACGCCAGUGUCUUCUGUCUCACUGGCCUCAGCUUUGACCGCUACCUGGCCAUUGUGAGGCCUGUGGCCAAUGCGCGGCUGAGGCUGCGAGUCAGCGGGGCUGUGGCCACGGCUGUCCUGUGGGUGCUGGCUGCCCUCUUGGCCAUGCCGGUCAUGGUCUUCCGUUCCACUGACAACCUGGAGAACACCACCAAAGUGCAGUGCUACAUGGACUACUCCUUGGUGGCAACCUCAAGCUCAGAGUGGGCCUGGGAGGUGGGCCUGGGGGUCUCCUCCACUGCCGUGGGCUUUGUGGUGCCCUUCACCAUCAUGCUGACCUGCUACUUCUUCAUCGCCCAAACCAUUGCCAACCACUUCCACAAGGAGCGCAUCGAGGGCCUGCGGAAGCGCCGCCGGCUGCUCAGCAUCAUCGUGGUGCUGGUGGUCACCUUUGCCCUGUGCUGGAUGCCCUACCACCUGGUGAAGACGCUCUACAUGCUGGGGAGCCUGCUGGACUGGCCCUGCGACUUCGACCUCUUCCUCCUGAACGUCUUCCCCUACUGCACCUGCAUCAGCUAUGUCAACAGCUGCCUCAAUCCCUUCCUCUAUGCCUUCUUUGAUCCCCGCUUCCGCCAGGCCUGCACCUCCAUGCUCUGCUGGGAACACAGCAGGUGUGGGGGUACCUCCCACAGUAGCAGUGGGGAGAAGUCGGCCAGCUACUCCUCGGGGCACAGCCAGGGGCCCAGCCCCAACAUGGGGAAGGGUGGGGAGCAGACGCAGGAGAAGUCCAUGCCCUACAGCCAAGAGACUCUUGUGGUUGAUUAG